AUGUCUCCCCCAGGGUCACCCAGAUUGAUAGACUCGUAUACAGCACCCAAGGAAAUCUUGCAAGAAUUUGCUGACCUUGCAGAAGAAGAAAAUGUCGACCCGUUUGCCGAAACCGCUUCAAAGCGACAAAUAGCUGCUCGACAAACCGACUACCACAACCGUCGUUUCGACCGCGUUGCACACGAAAGUGCCGACGCUUUCAAAGAGGAUGGAAGUGAUAUGGAAGGAGGGUACAAGGAUGCAAUGAGGCUGCAGAGACUGCAGCAGGAGGAAGAGCGAGUCAGAAAGGCGAUAGAAGAGCGAGAGAGAAAGGAACGAGACGAGGGAAAAAUGAAAAUGGAUUUGGACAAGACACCUCCAGCUGCAGAGCUUCAAGACGUUUCGAUGGAAUCAGCGAGCGCACAAGAACUGGCAGAGGCUAAAGAGAAGGAAGCGACUUCAGCUGGAACAAAACGAAAACGACGAUGGGAUGUCCCCGAACUUAAUGACGAAAAUGCUGAUCCAAAUAAGAAGGAUAUCUCUGGCGGUGAAUGGUCUAAGGAAGCGCUGGAGGCCUCUGCACCCAAGAAACGUCGUUCUCGUUGGGAUGCGACCCCUGCUGAAACAGCUGAAACCCCAAAGCGUUCUAGAUGGGACCAAAUCCCGGCUUCUGCAGGUGUUGAAGUGCCAAUGACUCAAAUCAUCAUGAACGCACCAGGUUUUAUGCAGGAAGACAAACAUAACCGGUAUCUUACCGACGAAGAACUGGAUGCUGUGCUUCCAGCGACUGGUUAUGCGAUUGUCUCUCCUCCCCCUGGUUAUGCACCUACCUUGCAGCCCCGUCGCCUUAUGUCAACGCCAGUUACGGAAGUCGGCUUCCAUAUUCAAGAGAGUUCCGACGCCGCUGCCGUUGCUGCAGCUGCUGGCCUUGCGCCAGAGCUACCGACUGAGAUACCAGGUGUUGGCAAUCUUGCUUUCUUCAAGGCAGAGGAUGCCCAGUACUUCGCUAAAAUCUUGAAGGAGGAAGACGAGACGCAACUAUCGGUGGACGAGAUGAAAGAGCGAAAGAUCAUGCGGCUCCUUCUAAAGAUCAAGAACGGGACUCCACCUGUUCGGAAGACUGCCCUGCGUCAGAUCACCGACAAGGCUCGCGAGUUCGGUGCUGGUCCUCUUUUUGACAAAAUUCUUCCGCUACUUAUGGAACGUACACUCGAGGAUCAGGAACGUCACUUACUCGUCAAAGUCAUUGACCGUGUUCUUUACAAGCUUGAUGACCUUGUCCGCCCAUACGUACACAAAAUCCUUGUCGUUAUUGAACCCCUUCUCAUUGACGAGGACUAUUACGCCCGUGUGGAAGGUCGGGAAAUUAUCUCUAACCUUUCCAAAGCCGCUGGGCUGGCGCACAUGAUUUCGACGAUGCGACCGGAUAUCGAUCACGCCGAUGAGUAUGUCCGGAACACCACUGCUCGUGCUUUCUCCGUCGUCGCCUCUGCACUUGGAAUCCCUUCCCUCCUCCCGUUCCUUAAAGCUGUCUGUCGUUCCAAGAAGUCGUGGCAAGCUCGACACACUGGUAUCCGUAUUGUGCAGCAGAUUGCUAUCAUGAUGGGUUGCGCUGUGUUGCCGCAUUUGCGUAACCUCGUCGAUUGUAUUGCACAUGGAUUGUCCGAUGAACAGCAGAAAGUCAGAACGAUGACUGCUCUCGGAUUGGCGGCGCUUGCGGAGGCAGCACAUCCUUAUGGUAUCGAAUCCUUCGACAGUGUCUUGAAACCCCUCUGGUUCGGCAUUCGGCUGCACCGAGGCAAAGGUCUCGCUGCAUUCUUGAAGGCCAUUGGCUUCAUCAUCCCCCUCAUGGAUCCAGAAUACGCUUUCUACUACACUAAGGAAGUCACGGUCAUUCUCAUCAGAGAAUUCCAAACAUCAGAUGAGGAGAUGAAGAAGAUUGUUUUGAAAGUCGUCAAGCAGUGUGCUGCGACUGAAGGUGUCACUCCCAGUUACAUCAAGCACGAUAUUCUUCCCGACUUCUUCAAGGCGUUUUGGGUUCGUCGAAUGGCACUAGACCGGAGGAACUACAGACAGGUGGUGGAAACGACAGUUGAAUUAGCUCAGAAGGCUGGCGUCUCGGAGAUUGUCGGUAGAGUCGUGAAUGAGCUGAAAGACGAAGCUGAGCCUUACCGGAAGAUGGUAAUGGAAACCAUCACGAAGGUGGUGGCCACUCUUGGUGCCUCCGACAUCGACGAGAGACUAGAAGUUCGCCUUGUAGAUGGCAUUAUCUAUUCCUUUCAAGAGCAGACGACGGAAGAUCAAGUCAUGUUGGAUGGUUUCGGAACGGUGGUGAAUGCUUUGGGUAUUCGGGUUAAGCCUUACCUAACUCAGAUCGUUUCGACCAUUCUGUGGCGCUUGAAUAACAAGAGUGCGAAAGUUCGUCAACAAGCUGCGGAUCUCACAACGCGGUUGGCGGUUGUUAUCAAGCAAUGUGGCGAGGAUCAACUCCUGAGUAAGCUUGGCCUUGUUCUUUUUGAGCAACUGGGAGAGGAGUAUCCAGAUACUCUUGGAAGUAUUAUUGCUGCUGAGGGUGCCAUCGCAAACGUUGUGGGUAUGACUCAGAUGAACCCCCCAGUCAAAGAUCUACUUCCUCGUAUGACUCCCAUUCUUCGUAAUCGACACGAGAAGGUGCAAGAAGCGUCUAUCAACUUGAUAGGCCGUAUCGCUGAUCGUGGUGCCGAGUUUGUGCCUGCUCGGGAGUGGAUGCGCAUUUGUUUUGAGUUACUCGAUUUGUUAAAAGCGCACAAGAAAGGCAUUCGACGGGCGGCGGUCAACUCCUUUGGUUAUAUCGCGAAGAGUUUGGGCCCUCAGGAUGUUCUUUCGGUCCUGCUCACAAAUUUACGGGUGCAGGAACGUCAGAGUCGAGUGUGUAGUACGGUUGCCAUUGCUAUCGUUGCCGAGACAUGUGGACCUUUCACAUGUAUUCCGGCAAUCUUAAACGAGUAUCGGACUGCAGAGCUCAACGUCCGCACAGGCUGUUUAAAAGCUCUUUCCUUUGUUUUUGAGUAUGUCGGUCCCCAGUCUGCUUACUACUGUGACUCUGUUGUGACCAUGCUCGAGGACGCACUUACCGACCGUGACCUUGUCCAUCGUCAGACAGCAAGUACGAUUGUCAAGCAUCUUGCUCUCGGUGUCGCUGGAUUGGGAUGUGAAGAUUCUAUGCUCCAUCUCAUGAACCUGGUGUGGCCGAAUUGUUUUGAAACCUCUCCCCACGUGAUUGGUGCGGUGAUGGACGCUAUCGAGGCCAUGCGCGUUACGUUGGGACCUGGUGUGCUCUUGAGCUAUGUUCUGCAGGGCUUGUUCCAUCCCGCGAGGAAAGUUCGCGAGGUUUAUUGGCGUAUCUACAAUGCUCUUUACCUCGGUGCUGCGGACGCCUUAGUUCCUUUCUAUCCUGACGUUGGCGAGUUGAGCGAGGGCCAGGUUGUCUACGACAGACAUCCCUUGCAGAUGUUUAUCUAA